ACUAUUACGUGGCUGUUUACUUACCUGGCCAUUUCUUUCAUCUACUUAACAUUCAACAUCCAGACUUGAUCUGCCACAGUCUGUUUCUGACAGGAAAUAAUGAAAUGACUGAUAUGCUACCUCAUAGUCCUUUGCAGUCACUGUCAGGGUCCCUGGUACUGGAUUGCAGUUCUGGAACGCUCUAUAGAGCACUCCUCAACCAGUCCUACUUAUUACAGUUCCUAUGGAACACCCACCUAGACAGUGAGAAGAUGGCUGCCUUGCACUGUCUGCUCUCAUGUGGCCGAGGCCUGCGGUUCCUGGAAGACCAGAUUAUUCAGUGGAUUUCUGAGAACAUCUCUGCCUGCCAUUCAUUUGACCUCAUUCAGGAAUUUAUAAUUGCUUCUUCAUAUUGGAGUGUAUAUCCAGAGACAAGUAACGUGGACAAACUUUUGCCUUAUUCCUCAGUGCUCACUUGGAAUACAGAAAUUCCUGGAAUAACCCUUAUGAUGGAAGACAUUGAGCUGCCUCUUAUGAAGGUGCACAGCUUUAAGGGCUACUGGGAAAAACUGAGCUCCAACCUAGAAUAUGUUAAAUAUGCAAAGCCACACUUACACUAUAACAACAGUGUGAUCAGGAGAGAGUGGCACGACCUGAUCUCUGAAGAGAAAACAGGAAAAAGAAAGUCCAUGGCAUACGUGAGGAAUAUUCUUGAUAAUGCAAUAAAGGUGAUUUCUAACCUAGAAGCAAGGAAUUUGGAGCCGAGAUUAACUCCCCUCUUGCAGGAGGAAGACAACCGCCAGAGGCUGCUUAUGGGACUGAUGGUGUCUGAGCUAAAAGGCCAUCUUAUGAGACACUUACAGGGUGUAGAAAAGAAGAAAAUUGAACAGAUGGUUCUGGACUACAUUUCAAAACUGCUGGAUCUCAUUUGCCGCAUACUGGAAACCAGUUGGAGGAAGCAUAAUCUUCAUUCCUGCGUUCUCCCCCUCAAUAGUCGCGGCAGUGCUGCUGAAUUUGCAGUCUUUCACAUCAUGACCAGAAUUUUGGAAGCUACUAACAGCUUAUUUCUACCUCUGCCUCCUGGUUUUCAUACUCUGCACACCAUCCUUGGGGUCCGCUGUCUCCCUCUGCAUAACUUCCUGCAUUACAUUGAUAAUGGAGUGUUGCUUCUCACCGAAACAGCCGUCACAAGACUCAUGAAAGAUCUGGACAGUACAGAAAGAAAUGAAAAACUAAAAUUCAGCAUCAUCGUACGGCUUCCUCCGCUUAUCGGUCAGAAGAUCUGUAGACUCUGGGAUCAUCCUAUGAGUUCUAACAUCAUUUCGCGAAACCACGUGUCACGACUACUUCAGAACUAUAAGAAACAGCCGCGGAAUGCUAUGGUUGACAAGUCCUCAUUCAGCAUAGAAUUUCUGCCUCUAAACUACUUCAUCGAAAUUCUGACAGAUAUUGAGUCCUCCAGUCAAGCUCUGUAUACUUUUGAAGGACAUGACAAUGUGGAUGCAGAAUUUGUAGAGGAAGCAGCUCUGAAACACACCACAAUGCUCUUAGGCUUAUAAAAGAGAAAAUGUAAUUGGAUCUGCUUCUGAUCUUUUAAUUUUGCUCAUUAACCUCACUCUUGAGUGCUUUAGCGAUAUUUAAAAUUGGUAGCAAAACUCAGAAUAUAUUGUCUAGCCUUCUGAAUUUCAGUUUGGUACUUGUUUCAGACAGAACCAAACUGCUAUACCUCAUUCUAAAUUUGAAUAGCUGAUGAGUUCAAGGAGGGACACAAUGGCAUAAAUGAUGUUCUUCCUAGGGGCAUAUCUUCCUAGUAGCUUAAUAGGCCAAAAGCUAGUCUCAGUUGCACUGUGAAAUAAAAUGUGCCUUAAAAAUGUGGGGAACAGUGCCUAGAAAAGCAAAAACUAGGUGUGUCAUUGAAAUAAUGUACAACAAGCAGAAAAAUUAAAUGUUGCAUAAGGACAAUAUUUGGAAAGAGGCUACUUUAAAAGAAAUUGAAUUUGGAUCAAACCAAAUCUGCUAUCUCCAGUAUGGAAUAAUUUGUAUAUGACAUACAGUAGUUUGUACUUACUAUUUAGAGUAGGAUUUGUCUUUGUGAGUUCAGAUGAAACUGUAUUUAAUUUUUUUAUAUUUAUAAAAGUUUGGUUUAGUAAGAUUUUUAUCAUUAA